GUGAAUCCAGCAUUUCUUCCGUUCCGCUGACGUGUGGUAGAGGGCGCUCUCAGCAACACUACACCAAAUGAAUAGGAUUUGGGCCCUUGGAUAAACUUAAACCUCCAAGAAAUAUAAUGCAUAAUUUUGUUAGUUUUUUUCUUUUAUUGCAAGUUUUGAUUAUUUGUUUGUUAUUAUUUUAACACCGAGGAAUUUAAAACGGUCGUUUGGUCUUCACAGCCAAGACAGUUUAGAAUGGUCUCUUAACAAACGUUAAAGUCGGUUAACCCGGUUGUGUUUAGCUUGCUAGCUGCUAGCAGCUAAACUUAACACACCGGUAGUUUCUCCAGUAGGGAGGUAUUUUGAAAAAAAUCUGCGUUUUAAUCAAGUAUGAAGGUGUAUCAGCAUUAUUAUCUAAAGUAACGUUUUUUGAAAAUGGACCUUAAUUUUUACUCUGAUCUGUCGGGUGGUUCUCAAAAUGUUGAUUCAGAGUUUUUGGACGCUCAGGCAUACGGGGGAUACUCUGAGGUGAAUAAGUUUCCCGCAGGCGGCGAUAAUUAUCUCACAAUUACUGGAGCUGGUCACCCUUUUUUGUCCGCAGAGCAGACAUUCCAUACACCCAGCCUCGGGGAUGAGGUUUUCGAGAUCCCCCCGAUAUCCCUCGAUCCAGACCAAGCUCUCAGCAUCAGCCACGCGGUGUCCCACUUCGAGCUGGCUGAUGGGUCAGACAGUACCAGGGGAUCAUCGGGCUCUCGAAGCCUUGUUAGUAACCUGGUGGUUGAGGCCAACGACCCCUCCUUUGCUUCCACCUUUGUAAACUCUGGUACUCAGGGUCUGGAGCAGCUGAACCUUGGGACGAUGGGCCAAGCUGGAGGGGGAGCCCUUCUAAGCUCCUCUGCACUGGAAAUGGGGAAUUCCUGUGGCUCACAUUUCAGCAGUUCAUCUCCCAUGACUAUCGAUGUUCAACUUGGUGACAUUGGUCAUGGUCUUAUGGACAGCAGUCAGCUUGCCACCAUUAACCAGUCAGAGCUGGCUCUGGGUCUUGGUGGUGGUCAUCACUCAGAUGCAGCUGAGCAGCCACUGUCAGCAACACCGUCUCCAGCUGGGUCCUUGCUGGAUGAGGACAUGGAUGACUUCAAGAUGAGUGUGCUGGUAGACUCCUCAAUGUCCCUGUCCUCUGUCCUCUCCCACUCAGCUCCCCCUUUAACUGUCUCCCUGGCUACAGCCAGGAGGAGUGGGGGCAAACCUGCUGCUUUAGCCUCAGCAGCUGAAAUGGCAGGUGCAAAGAAAGGAAGGAAAAAGAAAGAUCCCAAUGAGCCACAGAAGCCAGUUUCAGCAUAUGCCUUGUUCUUUAGAGACACCCAGGCAGCCAUUAAAGGCCAGAACCCAAAUGCCUCCUUUGGGGAGGUGUCAAAGAUUGUGGCCUCCAUGUGGGACAGCCUAGCUGAGGAUCAGAAACAGGUGUAUAAGAGGAAGACAGAAAUGGCAAAAAAGGAGUAUUUGAAAGCACUUGCAGCAUAUAAAGCCAACCAGCUAUCACAGUCUGCUGCAGAGGAGAUGGACACUGCCCCUUCACCACCUCCACCAGCAGUCAAUCUGAAUCCUACUGUCCGUCUCACUACCAGUCAGCAGGCUGGCUGCCCAACUCCAACUAACAGCAGUGUGGAAGAGAACACCAUCACCGACAUUUGUGCUUCCAACAUCAUCCUGGACGUCCCUGAGAUGAUCACACGUUCUCGCGUGGGAGCCAACAAAGCCUCUGCUCCUGGAACCGCAGUGGCUCCGGCACAGACCAUCACCAAGAUCAUUAUCCCAAAGCACUUGCUGCAGGGAAGGGGGCAGGUGGUGACCGUGCUGCCCGCGGGGGUCCGUACCUUGCAGCCAACCCUCAUGGUCUCAAGUGCCUCUCGUCAGCCACCACCGCUGCAGCAGAUGCAGGGUGCACCGCCUCUGCCAAGGCUCCAGCAGAUGGCACCAGCUCCCCCUCCAUUACAGGCCAAACCCCGAGAGGGAAGCACCACUCCAGGCCACACUGUGUCUGUCACAGCAACACCUCCACCUCCACUACAGAUUAAAAUACUCCCAGCGUCUAUUUCCAACAAAGAGGUUACAUCAAUUAUUGUUCCCACUGCUGCAGCUGCAACCACAUCUGCCCAGGCGGUGCACGCAGUGAACUCUGCUGAGACGUCAGGAAAUUCAGACGAGGAUGUCGUCACCGAAGUGCUGCAUUCAGAAGAGGAUGAGAUGGAGGUGAAUGGGUCCAGUGAUGGUGCCAUCAUGAAGAGCGUAUGUGUGAGGGCAGGCUGCAACAACCCAGCAGUAGACAGUGAAGACUGGGACAAAGAAUACUGCAGCAAUGAAUGUGUGGCCACUCACUGCAGGGAUGUGUUUAAAGCGUGGUGCUCCAUCAGAAAUCAGAACCUGGGAACGGUGAAGUGAAGAGCAGUUUAUUACCAGAGUUAAUAGUUGGAAAAACAGGAUUUGGCAAAGAAAUUGAUCAAAUUCAUUUUUUUUUUUAGCCAAGAAGUAUUUCUAUUUCUUACUGUUUUCUACAGAUAUAACAGUUAACUUUUCAUGACAGUAGAUUUGUUUUUUUCUUUGUUUUUUUUUUUGCAAAAAGGUUCAGAUU